AUGCCAGGGAGCCCAGAGAGAGAGAGAGAGAGAGAGAGAGGCCUCACUCACCUCUUCUGCCUCCUGGCCCUGCAAGGAGCCACAGGCCUGAGUGUGCAGCAGGGGCCCAAGUUGCUGCAGGGGAGGCAGGACAGCCAGGUGACCUUGACCUGUCAGGUGGUACAGUCUCAGGCCUGGGAGCAGGUCCUUGUCGAGUGGACCCAGGACAGUGUUGCCUUGUGCCCACCAUACAUCGUCGACCGCAACCCCAGCCUGGAGGUCUGAGAGCCUCAGGGAUGACUCUUCUGGUGACCACCUGGCAAUCUCACGCAGCUGGACCACGUGACUAUCAACAACAAUGGGAACUACUUGUGCUGGGCAACCAUGGAGAUUCCUGAAUUGGUGGAGGCCAAGGGCGAUGGAGCACAGCUCCUGGUGGACAGGGGUGUGAGAGCAAGUGGGGAGAAGAGGCAGGGACUUGGGACUUCUAGAAUCUUAAGACUAGAAUUUCAAACAGCUGGAAACAAGCUCUCAACACCCUCUGCUGCCCAGCGGGUCCCAAAGAGGACGGAGGCAAGGCCUGUGGAGGGGAAGGGGCUGGACAUCCCCAGGGAGGACCAGCAGGGCCGUACCUUCCAUUCCACCACUGUCCCCCCACCUCCCAACCCUCGGUGGCAUCUGGCCCCCAAACCUUGCCCCAGCCCCAGCCUGUCACCCCACUUCUACAGGCAGAGCCUCUCCUGGCCCAGGCUUCUCUGGGCAGCCACGGCCAAGGGGGGUCCUUGAAGUGGGAAGAGGAGUCAGAACCCCGGGGACUCAGACAAGACCCGCCAGUGGCUACACGGGAUGGGACUGGUCUCGGGAGUCCAGCAGCCCCUCCUGAGACCCCUGUCCUAUUUCUUUGACCCUGGACCUCUCCCUUGUCCCCAGAAAACCCCAUAAAGGCUCAUGAAGAAAGAAAAGCCAGAGUUUGUGGCAAUUUGGGGUGCUAGAAAGAUUCAAGGGGUCCUCUGGAGCCCCAGGGAUGGCUGAGAGGUCCAUGGCAAGGGGGCUCUGUGACUCGGCAGCUCCCCCUCUCGUCCGUGGAGGGACAUGUCCAAUUAGCAGAGAAGCGACACCCCCAGCCUCCACACAGUGCCCAGAGUCCCUCUCCCCAGCUGGUACCCCCCAGGCAGCUCGGAGAGGGGUGGGGGAGGGAGAAGGACUCCCUGGCACUUAUCAGCCUCCUGGGUCUCCUGCCCAACAGUCACCUUGAAGUGACACCAGCUGGACCCAGCUCCCCUCCCCCACUCCUGCUGUUUCCAUGGGGACAGAUGUCCUUUCAGCAGCAGCAUCAGGCCUCAGCCGCCCGCCCCAAUGGGGAGGGGAAAACGGGUGGGGGGUGGGGCUGGCCUGAGAGCCCUCUCUGGGUUUCUUUAUCUUUUUUAUCUGCGGGACUCCGCUGACUACAGCUUUCUGAGUUUUGGUCCCUCCCUGUGAGGCAUUCAGGCUCCAAUCCCAGCUCUUUCUGCAAAACGAGGAGCUGGGGACCCCCUUCUCCCUCCAAGGGU